AUGUCCGACGAGGAGGAGCAAUAUUCCGGUGAGGAGGAAGAGGAAGAGCAACCCGAAGCCGAGGAAGAGGCGGCCGAGGAAGAGAGCAAAGAUAAUUUAAGGCCAAAGGCACGUCCUCCACCUCAACAACAGGAAGAGAAACCGCCUGCUGAGAUGACUGAGGCUGAAGCUGCAAUGAUGGCAAGUUACUUUAUUUCAGAUCUUGAAGAAGAGGCGGCGAAACUUCUUGACUACGAACAACGACGAAUGCUGGAAAAAGAGCGCAUCGAGAAUGAACUCCGUGAAUUGAAAGAAAAACAGGAACGUAGACGUGCAGAAAGAGAGGCUGAGGAGAAGGAGUUCGCCGAGAGACGUCGGCAGGAUGAGGAACGGCGUCGAAAAGAAGAAGAGGAACGGAAAAGCAGGGCUGAUGCUGAGAAGGCUCGUAAAAAUGAGGAGAAGUCGCGUCGUCAACAGAUGAUGGCUGGCUCAUUUGCAGCUCAUGCAUCUGGAAGUGAAGGACGCAACUUUAAGAUCAAUUCAAAAGGAGAACAAGCAGCUCAGUUUGGAAAUUUGGCACAAGGAGUGAAGCAAGACGGCCAAACAAAAGAACAGCAAGAAGAGGCGAAGGCAGCAUUCCUUGCUGCAGUGUGCCGUCCUGUUGACAUAUCCGGACUUCUUCCAAACGAUUUAAAGGAGAGAAUCAAGCAGCUUCACUCACGCAUUUGCAAGUUAGAAGCUGAAAAGUACGAUCUCGAGAAACGUCACGAGCGGCAGGAAUAUGAUAUGAAAGAGUUGAACGAACGUCAACGUCAGGUAGCAAGAAACAAGGCGCUUAAAAAGGGACUCGAUCCUGAAGAGGCAGCCUCGUCGUUGCAUCCUCCAAAAAUCACCACCGCGUCUAAGUUUGAUCGUCAGAUCGAUAGAAGAUCAUACGGUGAUCGUAGAGAGCUGUUUGAGCACCCGGUUAUGAAGAAGCCUCCAAGCAUUGCUAGAGGAACCGCAAGACCUCCACCUGAAUGGGGAAGAAAAGAAAACGAGGAACUCGAGCAGCUGAGAAAGAAUCUAGAGCCACCAAAGUACGUUGAACAAGUGAAGGCCGAAGGUGAUGCUGCUCGUCCUCCUGUUCAGGCUAUUCCACUUCAGUUGCCUGAUAAGGAUUUCGAAGAUGAAGACGUUGCACCACCACCAGCACUUGAGGAGGUAACAGCUGAGGACGAUGCUGCUGUUAGCGAAGAAGUACUGCAGGCGAAAGUGAAGGCGAAAUAA